GUUAAAACCACAUAAAGUGUUGUUGCAUGAGUUCGCUGAACUGAUAUUGAAUCAGAGAGUAGAGUAGAAACCCUCGAGUUUGAGACAUUCGAAUGUACUGAACUUGUGGCAGAUCAAGGGAAUAUGGGUGAAUGAGAAUUCAGAUUUAAGAUUGCAGCUCAAUUUCUACAUUUAGAAAUGGAAUACUAGGAUUCUAGUUGAAGUUUGGGUCUUAGAAGUAAUCAUAACAAACGAGUAAUAGAACAACACUAAAAAGAUAAUUUAAGAUGAGUGAUCAGCAAUUUAAGAAGACACAACGACUGGCUCUUUUGCAAUCUAGGAGUAUUCUAGGGAUAUUGGCCAAUCUCCCCCUAUCUCAAGAAAUCCCCUCAUUUAAUAAGCAUAUGAAAAUUGCAUACAAUACUGAAAAUAGUACAAUCCCAACACAUUUCCAUACUAUCAACUUUCCAGUCAUCCCUUGUUCAAGUAAAAAGGUCACGUACUUGUACAUGCAGGUUCAUUACUAAAAAGAAAUUAUAUUCUCUCCAUAACCAAAAUUAGCACAGAAACCAUUCACUGAAAGAGAAGAUGCUGAAAUGAACACUUUGCAUCAAAUUCAAAAGAGUUUCAGAAAUAGAACCAAGGCUUCUUCUUAGAUAACUGAAACUCUUGAAUACAUCAUUUGCACUGUGAACUGA